AUGAGUUAUGUUUCUCCCUGGCUGGCAGACAAAUCAACCAUAGUUGAUGAAGCAGUAAACUACAUCAAGAAACUUCAAGAAACCCUCGAAAAGCUUCAGAAACAAAAGCUCGAUAAACUCCACAAUACUAAUAAUCAGGUAAUCACCCGCAUUAAUUACGACCCGCCAUCACUAAUCACACAACAAAACUUUGGAAUCCACCAAUCGAGGGAGGCCUUUCUAGCCGAGAUGGGAUCGACGAGCAGUACGUCGGCUGUCACUUUAGCAAGCCCUCCAAUUAAUCAGCUAUUUUCAGGACCGGAAUUAUCGGCUAUUUUCAAGACAUGGACUUCUGCGAAUGUGGUGUUGAAUGUGUGUUGGAAAGACGCGCAUUUCAGCGUGUGCGGAUCGAAGAAGCCCGGUUUGUUCACUGCUAUAUGCUUUGUGAUGGAGAAGCAUAAAUUAGAUGUGGUUUCCGCUCAAGUCUCGUCGGAUCGAAAUCGAUGCAUGUACAUGAUUCAUGCGCGGGCAAAUGGAGGAUCAGACCAGUUCCAACAGGCAUUUUCAGUUGAAGAAAUAUAUAAGCAAGCAGCAGCAGAAAUAAUGUUGUGGGUCAAUUCCUAA